AUAUAAUUUAAAAAUGAAUAGAAGAGAAAAAGAUCUCGAGAAAGGAGAAGGAAUGGGGAUAUCUUCUGAUGAAGAGUCUGAUUCUGAUUCCAUUCCAUCUUCUAAUGGGGAAAGACCCUCGAUAGUGCCUACCUCUGUAAUCCCACCUGUUGCAGGGCUUCCUAUGAAGAGUUUGUUCCGUGUGACGGAUGAUGAUGAUUAUGAUAGGUGAUACGAAGAAGAUCUCGAAAAUCAAGAUAGUUCUUAUCAAGAUGAUUAUAUUGAGGAUUCUUCAGUAGCAGGAAAUGCAGAGCUAAGAGCAUACGGUGGAGCCAAGAAGAGGUUUAUUGCUACAAGAAGAGAUCAAUCACUUGGAACGAUUCCAGAAGCUUUACCUGAUAAUGAGACUACAGUUAGACAUACUAUAGCCCAAUCUGAAUUUGGUAAAAGAUCUAGAGGAUCUGGUAUGAAUUAUACCUAUUCUGAGGAAACUAAGCAAAAGAGCCCAUCUACUAUAAAGUCUAACAAUCGUCAAUCAAUGAAUUUGACUAAUGAGGAUGAGCCAAGGCAAACAUUAGAUCCUAGAAAUAGUUUGGAUGAAAAUAUCAAAAUCCUCUGUUCAGAUAUACUCUCUGGAAAUCCAAAGAAAAAGGCUGCAUAUGGUAGUGUAAAAUCUGAAGAAGGGCCUUCAGAUAUUGAUAUUCAGAGUAGAGGCCGUAAAACUGAAAAAUCUCAAUCUAGUAAAAAGAGUAGAAAGACUGAGAAAAGUCAUAAAUCAGAGAAAAAUAAGAAAUCGGAAAGGAGUAAGAAAUCAGAGAAAAGAAUAAUCUCAGAGAAAGAUGAAGAAUCUCACAGUAGUGAAGAAAGUGAAGAAAGUAAGAGUCCUUCUCCAAAAUCAGGAGCAAAGGUAAACUUUGGUGCUAUAAAAGAGUCUCAAAAUUCUUCUGAUGAACUUGACGUUAAUAACUCAAGCAGUGAGGAAUCCUCAUCUACUUCUGAGAAUGCAGAUGCAUCAAUGAAAAAGAAAGUGACUACAUCAAUUCUUAAAAACCCAAAUAAGGUGAAGGCUAACUUGCCUGUCGAAGACUCAAAUUCUAUAUGGAGUGAUGAUAAGAAAAAUGUCGAAAUAUUGUCAGAAAGUCACUCAGAUAGUUUCUGAAAGGAUAUGGAUGCAGAUCAAAGUGAGCAUAAAGAAGAUAAACAGAUCGAGAGCGAAUUUAAAUCUAAAAUAAAAAUGCUUGAAAGAGAGCAAGAUGCACUCAAAGCUAAAAUCCAAAAGAAAUGGCAACAAGUUAGCUCCACUGAGGUGCUCAAAAAGGCUUCUGAAAACGACGAUCUACUAAAGAGCUACUUCAUCGACGAAAUCAGUAGAGCAGCUAAAAACAGCGAAGCUGUUCAGCCAUUUGAUAAGAAUAUGUCCAAAAAGAGGUAUCAAAGGUUGAAAUCCAGGAGCCUGGCUUCUCAUGAUUUGAGCAUCUUUAACUUCAAAGAUCUGAUUCUAAAGGAAUGUAUGGCUAAGGAUAUUGAUUUGACUGUGACUGAGAGAGAUAAGGAGACUAUUGAGCAUGUGAAGGAAAGAGUGAGAGCUUUUGCAUCCAUGCAGAAAAAUAACAGUUAGAGGUUGGAUAAGGAUUUGAGGAAAGAGU